AGCCGGCUGGAAUAUUGUCAACCGUAAUCUUCCAGACUGUGGUGUUCAACAGUUUCAUCCAUAGAUUGAUUCUUGCAGUAUAACCAUAUCUUAAUGGCGUAGUGAUCUGUGCUGAUAGAGACUCCGGCCUGACUACUUUUGUUUAUUUAAACGUGCUUGGGCAAGAGUAGUACCGGAAGCUAUAGGAAAAGAGCCAAGGACUGAACUUUUUAAAGACCAAAUGGGAAGUUCAAAGGGUGAAAACUCAAGCCAAUAUGGUGGUUCAAUUCCGGUGGAGAAUGUGCAGUCACUUGCUUCCAAGAAUUUGAUUGAAAUCCCACCCCGAUAUCUAAGAGGGGAGUACGAAUCUGAAGAAUUGCUAGAUGAUGAGGCCUUGGAGAUUCCAGUUAUUGACAUGCACAAGUUUGCUGUUGGACCAUCAGAAUAUAAGUCUGAGCUCGAAAAGCUUCACUUGGCUUGCAAAGACUGGGGCUUCUUUCAGAUGAUUAAUCACGGGGCACUGGAAGAAAUUGAGAAAAUGAAGGCGGUCACAGAAGAGUUCUUCAAGUUGCCACUGGAGGAGAAGAUGGUGAGUGCUCAGCUACCUCACAGCAUUGAAGGUUAUGGCCAAGCCUUUGUUCAUUCUGAUGACCAAAAGCUUGAUUGGGCUGAUAUGCUCUUCCUUCUUCCGCGUCCAUCUUCCAAUAAAAACACCGAAAUCUGGCCUAAAGCUCCUCCUUCCUUCAGACCAGCGUUAGAAGAGUACUCAGAAAAGAUGCACGAGCUUUCAAUCAAGCUCUUAAGGCUAAUGGCUGAAAACCUCAAAGUUGAACCUGAGAGUCUCGUCAGUAAGUUCGAUCCUGAUGGUGGUCAGGGGGUAAGAAUGAAUUACUAUCCGCCUUGUACCGAAGCCAACAAGGUUUUAGGCCUUACUCCACACUCCGAUUCCAUCGGACUCACACUGCUGAUUCAAGUGAAUGAUGUUGAAGGACUGCAAAUCAGGAAAUCCCGAAAAUGGUUGCCUAUAAAACCCAUUGCAGGAGCUAUAGUGGUCAACAUCGGAGACAUACUGGAGGUAUUCAGUAAUGGAGAGUACAGUAGCAUUGAGCACAGAGCUGUUGUGAACAACGUAAAAGAGAGGCUUUCGAUUGCUGCAUUUCACAGUCCACAUAUAGAUACUGAUAUUGCUCCAUUACCGGAGCUUGUUCAAGAUAAUUCUCCGAAAUAUAAGACCAUAAGGCAUAUAGACUUCAUAAGAUUGGUUCUCGGAAGUCAUCUUGAUGGUAAAAGCAUCCUAGAUUAUCUAAAAUUGUAAUCAGUUACAAAUCAACUGAUAUAUAGCAUUGUCUCUCGAUAACAAGAGGUUAAAGGUUCUUGACUCCGUCUCUGUGAAGGCAUGAGUUCAUAAGUAUUUCAAAUUUCCGCAAUUGAUGAAUGAAAGUGAAAAUCCUUUUAUGUAAUCCCACCUUGUUGCAAGGCCUUUCGGCUAAAGUAGUUGUAAUGAUUCCAGUAACAAAAUCUCAAGUUCGAGGUUGACUAGGAUUCAUUGAUAGCCCACUGGUUCCAAAAUUAUCAAUGAAGCCUGUAUAUAUCUUGCAAAAGAUUUCUAGGGACAUAAUUUCAUGCCAUGCCUAAACAUUGGUUCAGCAGAAUACAUCAUAAAAGAGAUUGCAAAUAAUUUUUGACUCUAACUGACCACCAUUGUUUGGCACAUGCUAAAAACUAUCAAGGGUGUCAAAUUAACCCUAGCCAAAAUCCCAAACAACUUAUAUGUUAAUGUUCAUAUAUUAUGAAAAUAUGUAAAUGGACACUACUGUGUCGCCAUUUUUCGUCAUUAUGUGUAUUUUCUGAAAACUGAAAGUUUCAAUUAUGUUGUGAAAGUCACCCUAGAGAUAUGUGAGCAAAAAAUGCCGAAACAUCUGAUUUUGACAUUCCGCUUGCCAUACGUUGAUGGGGACCCUGUCACUGAUCCUCUGUUCAUUGGAAAAUACUGCUGACAGAGCAGUCAUCAUGAACACGCCAAAUGGUUUCUCCCAAGAGAUUCGCAACUGAAAGAACAGUCAACUGUGGGAAGUAGUUCUUGUCUGGAAUCGGAAUUGUAUUGGUUACUAUGACUUCUUGAAAUAGGCCACUCGACAACCUAUCAAUUGCAGGAGGGCUG